CCAGGAGACGUUCAUUCCGGCGCUCCUCGGCUCACAAAGCGAUGCGCUCCUCGCGGCGCCUCCCGGCGAGGGCAAGACCCUCUCGUUCCUCCUCCCGGUCCUGGCCGGGAUCGACAACCGCGCGCCCGGCGUACAGGCGCUGGUCGUUGCGCCGCACGCUGAGGCUGCGCUGCAGACGCUCACUGCGGCGCGGACGCUCACCCGCGGCGGCUCCAAGCGGCGGCGUGCUGCGCCAGUCACCACCGCCGCCCUCGUCCGCCCGCUGCACAAAGCGGCGCCGCUGCCGGACGCCCACCUUGUUGUGGCCACCCCGUCGGUGCUUGCCAGCGCGCUUGCGGACUCGCCGGCUUUCCGCGAUGUUGUCCUCCCGCGGCUGAACACGCUGGUCCUUGACGAGUUCGACUACCUGGCGGCUUUUGAGCGGCGGGCGCUGGAGGGCAUCCUAACCCACGCCACCAUCAAGGCCUCGCACGUGACGCGGGCCCGCAGUGCGCGGAUCCGCAAGGCUGCUGCGCCGCGGGUCAUCGGCGUCUCGGCCACGAUGGCCACCCCCAGCGUCCGCGAAGUAGUCGCCGACCACUUUGCCGCCCCGCACCUCGAGCUGGACGUGGCCGAGCGGCGCGCUGAUGCGCCGGCGGUCGAGCAUCUGGCGCUCCUGCUCAACGACUAUGCGUCGCACGACGGGCGUGCUCGCGGUUCGGGCGUCUCCCUCGGCGUCACCGCCGCUGCCCUCGCCCACACCGCCUCGCGGCUCAAGGUCAAGCGGAGCCUGGUCUUUACCCAUGACGCUGCCGACGGCCGCGCGCUCGCUGACGAGCUCAAAGCCCGUGGAUUCAAGGCCGGAUGGCUGCCGCCGGGCGCCUCGCGCGCCGCCGCCGCUGAGCGCAAGCGCAUGCUCGCCGCGCUCGCCGCCGGCCGUCUCCAGCUCGCGCUCCUGCCCGAUGUCGUCGCCCGUGGCCUCGACCUCCCGACGCUCACCCACGUGUUCUCAGUCGGCCUUCCCGCCAACGUCGACCAGUACGUUCACCGCGCUGGUCGCGUCGGCCGCCCGUCGCAGGCUGCCGCCGCGCCGACCGUCGUCUCACUUGUCCGCUCCGCCCGCGACUUUAAGGCCCUCGACCACAUCGCAGAGAGCCUCGGCAUCACGCCGAGCCUCUUGUAGGCGAACUACGCCGUCGCAGGGAAGCCGGCGUAGACCAUCGACUCGAUGCCGGCGCAGUCGACGCCGGCCUUGAUCCAAAAGUGGCCCGCAGGCACUCCCAUCGGCGUCGUCGCCGGCCACGCCUCGCCCCACGAGUUCUGCACAAGCCACGCUGGGCCGUGACCCAUCAUGUCGUCGUCCCAUCCCACAAUCAUCACCGAGUGCAUGCCCGUGAACCGUCCGCCGUCCGAGAGGUGGCAGCCGUCGAACACCACCCCGCCCGCAGGGUACUCCUGAAACUUGGCAAAGACAUUGAACGUCACAUCAACCG